AUGGCCGCGCCGUCCGGCGAGGCUCCGCUCACCGCCGCCACCAACAUCGAGCCGUUCUACGUCCUCCACAAGGGCGCCGGCGCCUCUUCUGCGUCGUCGUCGUCCGCAUCCUCGCUGCCGACCUCCGGCCGGGCGCGGCGGCGGAUCGACGUUUCCGGGACAGCUUCUCCCAGCCCCAAGCCCGUCGGGAAGAGAUGCCGUGGCGAGGCCGCUGCCGCUGACGACGACGACGGCGACGCGGAGGCGUACGAGCGGCUCCGUCUCGAGGCCUUCCGCCGCGUCUGGUCCAAGAUCCAGUCCACCAUCGACGAGGUUCUUCGAGGCAUCAGCCUCAAACUGUUCGACCAGGUGCUGCAGUGGGCGCACGAAUCCUUCUCCGCGGUCCGCUCCGUCGUGAGGCCUUCUGCCGCGCAAGUGCGGCAGCCGUACCCUCUCCUGACCGAUGUGAUCUGCAGAAAGAUACCGACGGCUUUUGUUCUGACCAAGAAUGCGGAGUUUGUUGACGACAUCACGACGUUCAGGGAUCUCGCGGAGCAUCUUGGGUCCAAUGGAUGUCACUUGGCCAAGUUGUCGGCGACUGAAUUGUCCGAAAAGCAUGGAGUCAGUGGUUGCUUUAGAAGCUUGCUGAGGCAGCUGCUUUCAGAUGUUCCAGAUGUAGCGGAUAUGUUUGCACUUGCGUCUUGGUACUCUGCAGAAGAGAACUAUGAUCAGCCUAUUAUUGUCGUAAUUGAUGAUUUAGAGCAAUGUUCUGGUGAUGUCCUGGGAGAGCUUGUAAUGAUGCUAAGUGAGUGGGUGAUUAAAAUUCCAAUCUUCUUUGUAAUGGGGAUAGCAACUACCAUUGAUGCGCCAAGGAAGCUGCUCUCCUCGGAAGCUCUUCAAAGAUUAGAGCCCUGCAAACUCACCUUGGGGUCUGCUACUGAUAGAAUGAAUGCACUUGUUGAGGCCAUCCUUGUCAAACCAUGCACUGGAUUCUGUAUCAGCCAUGAAGUUGCAGUUUUCCUCCGAAACUACUUUUUCAAGCAUGAUGGGACCAUAACAUCUUUUAUUAGUGCCCUCAAGCUUGCAUGUAGUAAGCACUUCUCCAUUGAGCCUCUGAGCUUCUUGUGCAUGGGAAUGCUUGAAGAGGACUGUGAGAACUUUUGGCGUAAUAAGUUUGAUGCACUACCCCAAGUAUUGCGGAAAUAUGCUUCUGGUCUACCCUCAUGCACAAGGGAAAAGGACUCAAUCAAAUCUAGCAACAAUAUGGUUGAAGGGUUGUCUGAGCUGAUGAAGAUUCAAAAGGAUUGGAGUUCAGUUCUCUUGUGCUUGUAUGAAGCUGGAAGGCAUGGCAAAGUGCAACUUUUGGAUAUUUUCUGUGAGGCAGUAAACCCUGAGCUGCAAACUCAGAAGAUACCCAAUCCACCAACGGGGAAGUCAGGGUCUAUUAGAAGAUUUAUAGAUCAGGCAAUCGAUACAAUAAGGUACCUGCCAGUAGAAACAUUGUUUCACCUUCUUGAAGUUUGGAGUAUCCAUCUAAAGGGAAUGGAUAAGAUAAGUGAUAAGGUGAAAGAGCUUCAGUCCACCACAAUCAGUACAGACGCUGUGAGGAUCACAAAGGAUAAGUGGCCUAGGAGAUCGACAAAUAGUACUGGAAAUACUACAGCACCACUGAAUGAUAAAGUGGCGAUGCUGCUGGAUGAUGUUACCAGAAAAUUUUUGGUGCCUUUUGAGUGUUUACCUUUUCAUGAAAUCAUCUGUUUCAAGAAUGUCAGCAUUCUUCAAUCUGCCUUAAUUGGAAAUCCAAGACGAAUGGUCCAGCUUGAUCUACUGAAGCCACGCAAACAUCUUAGGUGCUCUUGCUGCAGGAAGAGUGGAGUUGCUGUGCUAGCAUCCAUGCAUGAUACAUCAAUUAUGUGUAAUCUAGCCCAAGAAUAUGGUGAUGUAAUAAACCUUCAUGACUGGUACCUAUCCUUUGAUGGUAUUAUCAACAGCACACAUUCAAAAGUCAAAAGGAAGCCACACACUUCUCCCUCAAAAAAGAAAUCAAAAUCCAUCGCUGCCGAGAGUGAAGCUAUGGUCCAAGCAAGGUUCUGCAGAGCUGUCACUGAGCUACAGAUUACGGGACUUCUUCGGAUGCCAAGCAAGAGGAGACCAGAUCUUGUGCAGAGAAUUGCAUUUGGCCCUUGAAACCUUUAAUGUGUGGCAAAGAAUUUGCUCCCAAUGACAGCCUCAGUGUUUUCAGGCAAGAUUGGAAUGGCAGAGCCUCAGCAAGGUAGUUUCCCAGCCACAUGUCUCCUUCCAGCGUUUUCAGACUUGCAACACUUACAGCUUGCAUAUUGUGGUUGCUGCUGAUUGCAUCGAGUUAAUGUGCUAUCCUGCAAAUCUUGGAGCUAUGGAUUAUGCAGAAAAUCAUUGUGUGGGUGCAUCCUAAACUAAUGAAAAUGACUGUUUGAAGCUUGACAUUUGGCCGGCAAAAUGAAGCAGCUUCCAUUGUCCAUUUGUGCUGCAGACUGCAAUACUGCAUAGUGUUGUGUCUUUAUUCGAACAGUCUUUAGACAGUACCAUUUAUCUUUGCUUUGUUCUCUGUAUAGUUAACGUAACCAACCUCAUCAAGUUUGUAACCUUUUUAGUUUGAGUAUUAGAAUUCUGACACAAAACAAUCAAUACAAUGGCUGCCCUUCAA